AAAAUGUACUUUAUCGCGACUUGGCUGCAAACCCUCCCGUGCACAAGACUCGUCCCGUCAGCUGCCGGUGAAAGUAUCUAUCGUUCGGGCAGCUACCUCAAGGAUCUGACUGGAGUUCCGGUCCCUCUUUCCUCAAAAUGAAAGUUUUGCUUAUUAUAACGAUAUUUGCCGCAACGGCCUGGGCUAGUGAUCCAUGGCCAACCCGCAUUCCUGACAACUUGGCCCUGUGUUACGUGAACAAAACUAUUAGCGACCGAUUCCGCCGGAUGCCGAACUCUAUGGAAAACCUUGUAGCCCUCAUCCGCAAGGUUGAAGCUCAUCCCGACACGGCUCUUUGGACUAUGGGCAAGAUGGCCAGCACACUCAUCCACAGAUUCCGUUACGACGGUAUCAUUGACAUACCCGAUGCUGGUCCGGAUGUUGUCCCUGUUGUCAAUGAACGUGCUGAAAGUGACAAAUACCGUCUGCAAUGGAGGUUGGUGCCCGGUAUAGCGAGCGAUUUCCCAGAAUCUUCUUUGACUAUGGAAGAAAAGUGCUCAAUGCAUUGGAUGCUUUCGUACACAGUGAACCACACGGCCCGUGCGGACACGCGCGGAACGGUAGGACGCUCCCUGAUCGACACUGAUUCCGAGGAAUCUGAAGGACACGAACAUCACCACACGGAGCAUCAUGGAACGGAAGACGUUAAAGACAAAGAUUCACAGGAAACGUCGGAGGGAGACGCCGUCGAACAUGAACAUGAAAAUUCAAUUGAAGAAAAUCGUGAGAGCGGAGAAAAUAAAGAAACUCCAAUGGUGGAAUCAGCCGAACGAACAGAGGACGACGUGAUGGAAGAAAGCGUUGCGGAAGAUGCUUCGAACCCGAAGACGCUUCCAGAAGACGCUCCAGAAGACGCUCCAGAAGACGUUCCAGAAGACGCCCCUGAAGACGUUCAAGAAGACAUGGUCGAAGAGCCAACAGAGGAGGUUGCUGAUGACAAUGGAGCAGUAGAUAUGGGUGAAGAUUACGGCCCAUCUGAUGACGACAGCUCCGACACAAGUUUCUGGAACCGUAAACGUCGUCAAGCCGACGCCAUUGCUGCUCAGCCGCUAGAAGUCGGUGUCGUUCACACCAAGUACGGCACUGUAGCGGCUGGUCCCGUUCUGGCCGGUAUUGCUGCCGGUAGCGAACCUCAAAGUGCUCCGUUAAAAGACCUCAUUAAAGAUCCUGCAAUGGAAAUCUCGGAAAGCUCAAUGGACAGAAUUGUCGAAAGCAUUUGGGUAGCUACGCUAGCAGCUGAUAUCGCUCAAACGUCUCUGCUGAGGACACCCAGGAAAAUGGAAAGCUUCGGUCCCGAUGGUCAGUGGAACUGCUCGCUGUGUCCGCGUGAGUACAAGCUGAAUACCAGGGAACAUUCCAUGCUGACUAAUGCCGAGUUUUAUGGCGGUGUUGACGGUUUGUUGAUGGCUAAACGUAUGGCCACCUGGGAUACCAGCAGCUAUUUGAAACUGUCGGCUGUGCUGGAAAUGUACUACUCUGAAACUGGUAUCCACGGCGACACCAAGUAUCGUGCUUGCAAUCGUCUCUACAAUUACAGGGAUGAUGAAAUUAUUGAUCAGGCGAUGCUUAAAGAACAGUCCUUGAAUGCUGCUUUGGUUAUGUACUCUCGCGGCAUUGAUGGCGCUCCAACCGUUCUUCCCGGAGUUAAACCAGCAGAUCAGAUUGGCCAAUACGUCAACACGACAAUGAACGCAAUUUUUUCUUUCGUCGAUGGAUACCUGAGCUCUUCUAACGACAUGGAUUUCACGCAGUGCAAAGGCGCUUACACCCAACCGACAGGCGAGCCUACACCAGCUACCUACACCGAUCUUACCUUUGUUAUUGACCAGAACACGGAUGCUGUCAGUAUCUAUAGCCAGAAAGAUCUCGCUUCAGCGCUGGCUUUGGCGCUAGAUAUCCAAUUGGGCGGAAGCCGGAUGGAAGUCGUCUCAAGCAAGGACGGAACUCCGUUCUUGGAUCUCAACGUCACGCGUAAUAGAGCCGAAUUAGCUUGCAGCAUCUCCAGCCUUCCUAUCGGAAACAGUGAGCGACGCGUAGCCGACACUUUGGAUCGAACUCGCUCCCGAAUUUUGACCGAACGGUCUUCAGAAAAAGCUAACAAAAUUGCUGGUGCCAACAAGCGCUCAAUCCUCUUUUUCGUGACAUCGAGCAUCUCUGCUGAGAAGGACAGGAUCAAAUCAGUUUUACUGAAAAUGCUUCAAGAAAUGCCAGACGUUCACAUCAUGUUCGCCACCCUGGCUAGUCCCGAGGAACUCCGUCCAUUUGUGGCCAAUUUCGAUCGUGACAUUAUCCGCAUGGGUCAGUUCACCAAAUACUACGAAGCUGCUCCUGAAAUCGCUAAACGUCUGGCAACCGUCGGAGCUCGUCUGUCUUAUCCCGAGUGCAAAGACCUCAGUACAAGUUCCAAUACCACGGAAGCCAAAUAUGUGUACACAGGAUUUCUUAACGCGCACACGGUCCAAUAUUUCCGUCUAGGUCCGGAGAACUUUUACAGCAGCAACGAACUAUACUUAAGGUUCAAGAGCAUGUAUGGCCUGGCAAGAUACUGCGUCUCGACCACAAAGGAACGUCCAGGAACCGGUGAUAACUGCAAGAGUGCCUUGAAGGCUGGGGAUACCAUCGAAUUUAAAUUCAAUCAGCCGUGUGGUAAAAUGGUACCGAAUCAUUGUACGAACAUCUACAUUUCGGUUGCUCCUGCUAGCAUUGAUGAUAACAUGCCCUGUUCAGAGAAAGAUUGUCAUACACCUGACCAGGUGAAAUUCACUUUUAGCCACUCUGGCAUGCGUUGCAGUGGUGCUGUUGGUAGUGCUGUUUUGUCUCACUUGACUUUAGUUUUGGCUGUAUUGAUGACUUGGUUCCUCAAUCGUAAAUAACAAUAAUACCUAAAAAAAAAGUAAGAAAAAUGUAACAAUUAAAUCCAAUAACACAAAGUUAAUUUGAGUUACCAUGAGAUCAAUCCAUGUAGUAAAAAAAAUCCUUACAAAAAUUUUUUUACCAAAAAAAAAGAAAAAUACACAUAAAAAUAACAA